AUGGCGCCUGCUUUGAUGUGGCUGGCCCUGGCAUGUGAAAUCCUCCUGGGAGGGGCCAUGCCUCGAGAAGGCUCCACUGCAUGCCCCUGUUUGAAUUUCACUGAUCCCGGCUAUGGCUGGGGGUGUCGUGCCCAUGACGUGAAUGGGUCUCAGUAUCCCCAGUGCUUGUCUGUUCCGCCGCCCGAAUGGUGUCUGGGCAUGUGGUGUUACGUGGACCCAAAUCGAUGCGCAGUCACCAACCAGGCGAGCGAGCUUAGCCCCGACCUGCGCUGGAGCUACACCACCUGCGGCUAUCGAGACUCGUUCUCUCUGGCAAACAUCACGGAGAGCAUCCGCGGGCAGACGCUGCGCGUGCUUUUCAUUGGCAACACUGGGGGUUGGAAGGGCAACUACUGCAGCGAGCCGGGUCGGAUCUGUAACAAUCAGCGUGGACGGGGGCCAACCCAGCGUGUCUUCGACAGCCUCACGAAUGCCGCUGGUUUCUUUGUGGACGCACAACAGGAAGUAGAUGAAGCUGUCCUGGAGCAGAUGAGGAGGGUUAGCUCUUCCAGCUCCCAGUUCGACUUGUGCACCUGGGCUACGGGAAUGGGCUUCGUUGACAUCUGCGGUUGCUCCAUGGUGAUGCUCCCUAGGCGAACAGAUGCCAGCCCCUUCAUCACGAUGUGGACAGAGCCGACUGUGCUGGUGGGCCCCAUUCAGGCCGAGCAGGCCAGUGAUGAUUUCGUGUCCAUGAUCGGCCGGGCUUUCAGACCCUUUACUCCGGGACUUUGGGGCAUGGUUCUGGCGAUGGUAUUGUUCAUGUCUACGCUGAUCACCUGCUUUGAGCGGGGUGAAGGGGGCCAGUUCGAGACGGUCAAGAAGUCGGAGACCUUUGGAGAAUUUCUCUGUGCUGCCUUCUACACCCUGGUUUCUUUUGAAGUGCAAUUCCAGCCGCAGACAGUAGGUGGGCGCACAGUAUCUUUGGGGCUCACGUUCUUUUUGAUCUUGCUGGUCUCUGGCUACACGGCCACCUUGGCAUCCUUCCUGGUGGUUGAGAAUCGACUGGCCUCCCCUAUCUCCAGCCUCGAUGAUGCCAUCCGACUGAACUACAAGGUCUGUGCGCACAGGUCAGACAGCGGACUGGUGAUCCUGAGCGGAGUAGCAGAGAGCAACGUGGUCGUCCUUAAUUCCAGGGGUGACGUCCUGCCGAGCGUGGGCUCCUCCUGCGACGUGGCCGUGCUGCGGCAAGAGGAUUUCGAAGCAUCUCAGGCUGUCAAUCGAGGAAGCUUCUGCGAUCUUGCAAAGAUUGGAGAUCCCAUUUCAGCCAGUUCGAUUGGGAUGGCCGUCUCCGAUAAGUGGGUACGGGCACUGCGCUAUGCAAUGACAACAAUAGACCAAGAAGGGCAAGUGCAGGAAGCGCUGAAUGCAUACAGGCCCAUAGACUACUGCAGUGCAGUGGCUGAAGAGGAAGAAGCCACAGCUGAGCCACCGGCCCUGCAAAUUGUUGGGAUGGCAGGCCCCCUCUUCCUUACCACGCUCAUUGCCAUCUUGGCUGGUUUUCUGCAUAUUUCAAAAGCUUCCCUCGAUAAGCACCGUGAGCGCCGGCAGCAAGGGGCUGCAGCUGUCGCCGAGAACGAGGAUGAAAAGCCUUCAGGAGCUGGGAGCAGUUCGCUGGAACAGCGAGGCCAAGGCCCUGGCCCUAGCGUUGCCGUGCAGGCAACUAUGAUGACUCGGACUCCGAGGAGCCUUGGGCUUGACGAUCAUGGGGGCAAGAUCAUCAACUCUGACGAAGAGGACGAGGAGAAGGGAGGUGCCGCACCUGACUUAGCCGUCAACCAGGAGGACGGGGAGGAGGAGGACGAGGAGGACGACGAGGAGUCAGACAAACUGACCUCGGCAGCCAAGGCCUUCAAAUCCCUGAAAAAGAUGGGGGAGGAGGCCCUGUCCUUCAAGAAGUAUGAGAAGGACCACGCAAAGACGGAUCGGGUCCGAAGUCAUCAGAUGAGCCUUGACCGGGUCACGUCUGCGUCCGCAGCAACUCUGCGGGGGCAGGGAUGGCUACCCGGUGCUGAUGCCAAAGAAGCAGUGUUGCCCUCAGAGAUCGGCGUGAAGAGGAGAGCGGACGAGCAGGAGGGGGAGGUGGAGCUGAAAGGCAAGGGCAAGGGCCAGGAGAAGGGUGGCGACAAGGGAAAGGGCAAGGGCAAGAUGAGCGUCAAGGACGGGAUCGGGAGAGCUGACAAAGUUGAAGCGUUUCAAGGGGCAGUCUGGUCUCGACCACAACGGAAAGGUCUGGAAGCCAGAGAUUUGGAUGCAGAUGCGCAACGAAUUCGACUGAGCAUCCUGCAGAUGGAGGUUGGAGACAGCAAAGGCUGCCUGAACUUCCAAUCUCACUGCUCACCUGGCCGGUUCAUCUGUAGACAUGCCGUGUCCAUGCCCACCGUGAAAUUCACCACCUGCAGUUCUCGAGAGGUCCCUUUGACUAUGGCGAUCGAGGACAGCCUGGGGGGGCUGGCCCUCAACCCUAUCAUGUCCUUCAAAGUCCAGUUCUGCAGAGCUGCACAGCAGCAUCUGGCAGCCCUCCUUGUGCAGCCGAUGUCCAUGGAGAAAUUCGUUUGUCACGGGGAUGGGCAGAUCGUCGAUGUCGACUUUCAGGUGGCCAAAGCCCUGUUGGAAUCAGAACCGGAGCUCCUGAGCCUGGAAGUGGAUUCCAAACACCGCUUCGACUUCUGCCUUCAUUUCGGCCACCAGAGCACGGCUGCUGCUGGGGUGCCUGUUCAAGGCUGGGGCUUUUCGACUGAGAAGGGUGACGAAGAUGACAACUGCAGCGAUUUCGAAGGCAUAGAGUGGGAUGAAAGCUGGUCCAGGGGAUGCCAAGAGAUUGCAGCAAGCGCCUCCACAACGCCCGUGAUUUUUGCAGAGCUUGAGGCUUUCCGCUCCAAGUCGGUCUCUCCCAAAAACGUCACGCAGGAAGCCAUGGCCCACCUUCUCAACGUUGCCAUCCUUUUUUGGGGAUGCCGAGCUGGCCAAGCGUCUUGCGCAGCACUGAGCUGUGGCAGCAAGCGCGAGUUGAAGGCCUUCAGCUGCAGCUCGGGCCUUGGCCAAGCCGUAAGAAACGUGGCGGCCAAGUUUCUCCUCCAGCGCUCCGGGGAGGGUCUCAAGUGCUUUCACGCUGUUCUGUCUGGGUUGGCUGUGGCAGUGGACAUCGACGAAACAGGAUGCACACCGCUUGGAAGCGAUGCCAUGGUCGUGCAGGCGUCGCGCUCAGAGUCUGCCUGGGCCGAGGGACAAUCGCUGACAGCCGUGGUGAAUUUGGUGUUGGCUUUCGCAGCAGAACAGCAAGACGAUGGAGCCGCAGACUCGCAGAAAAGAAGUGGGAUCCUUGAGUGCCCCAUGAACAACGGGGAACUGGCGAACCUGUCCCAGGAUGGUCCUGCGGAGUACACCGUGGCACAAGGUGUCUGCUUCAUCAAGCCCUCGGAGGACCCCCAGUCCGGCAAGAUCCUGAAGGCCAAGAGGCCUGUGGGGUCCAAGAUCUACACAACAGGCACCACAUGGAAGGGGCCCCAGGGCGGCCUCUGGGCCGAGGUGGAUGUGGCGAGAUCUCCAGGGGAGAUGGGUUGGGUGCUGGUCUCGGGACCCGGGUUCGGGCUCAGGGGCCCUUGUCUGAUCGACCCGGAGGCCAACGACGGUGCUUCCCAGAUGAUUCACAUCAGGUGGCUCAAGGACCCCCCGAUCUUCAACUGCAUGAUGCCGAAAGCCGCGACUGUUGGUGACCUUGUGGACACAUUCUGCUCAAGAACUGGCUUGAAUCGCAAGGAGACUAUCCUCACCAAGGGCCUCCCCCGAAAAGCGCCGAACGGAACUGGCGCCCUCCUCCCAGUGGAUUACACGGACCCCAAGGAUGUCCUCUUCCGAGAGAUGACGAUCGAGGAGGCACAGAUCAGGGACACGCUGAAUUUGGUGUACGUGGGACAUUUUGAUGAGGACUACAAUCCCAGCUGA